AUGUCCAAGUUGCUGUUUUGCUGUCUUCUGCUGGCCGCCGGCACUGGAUGGGCCUUUAAUCAUGGCCAGGAUUUAAAGGAUUUCCAAUCUUACGUGAAAACCUUCAACAAGACGUAUGCGUCAACUUCGGCCAGCAACUUUGCCAACUAUUACUUCAUCUACAACCGCAACCAGGUGGCUCAGCACAAUGCCCAAGCGGAUCGGAAUCGCAGCAGUUUUCGCGAGGAGGUCAAUCAGUUUUCGGACAUCCGGCUGAUCCAAUUCGCGGCCCUGCUUCCCAAGGCCGUUUCCACGGUGACUGCGGCGGCCAGUGAUCCACCCACCACCCAGAUGACAGCCACAGCCUACGACAUCAUCAAGGACUUUGGACUAACCGUAGCGGUGGAGGAUCAGGGCGUUAAUUGCAGCAGUAGUUGGGCCUAUGCCACCGCCAAGGCCGUGGAGAUUCUGAAUGCCGUGCAGACGGCCAAUCCGACGCCCGCCUCGCUGUCCGCCCAAGAACUAAUCGACUGUGCGGGAAUGGCCUCCGGAUGCAGCACUCAGUCUCCCCUGGCCGCCCUCAACUACCUCACCCAGAUGGCCGAGUCCUAUCUGUAUCCGGAGGUGGAUUACGUCAACGACAAUAGCCUGAAAACUCCGGGCAUGUGCCAGCCACCCUCCUCGGUGGCCGUGGGCGUUAAGUUGGCCAGCUAUGUGUCGGUGGCCGAUAACGAUGAUGACGCCAUCAUGCGCUACGUGUCGAACGGAUUCCCCGUGAUAGUGGAGUACAAUCCGGCCACCUUUGGCUUCAUGCAGUACUCCAGUGGAGUGUAUGUGCAGGAGACGAGGGCCCUCACCAAUGCGAAGAGCUCGCAGUUCCUGGUGGUCGUGGGCUACGACCACGACGUGGACUCCAAUCUGGACUACUGGCGGUGCCUGAACUCGUUUGGCGAAACGUGGGGCGAGGACGGCUACAUUAGGAUCGUGCGCAGGUCCAACCAGCCCAUUGCCAAGAAUGCAGUUUUCCCCAGUGCCCUUGCCUAA